AUGGGUGCCCUGUGGAGCUGGUGGAUACUCUGGGCUGGAGCAACCCUCCUGUGGGGAUUGACCCAGGAGGCUUCAGUGGACCUCAAGAACACUGGCAGGAACGAAUUCCUCACAGCCUUCCUGCAGAACUAUCAGCUGGCCUACAGCAAGGCCUACCCCCGCCUCCUUAUCUCCAGUCUGUCAGAGAGCCCUGCUUCUGUCUUCAUCCUCAGCCAGGCAGACAAAACCUCACACAACGUCACAGUGAGGCCCGGGGAGUCAGUCAUGGUCAACAUUAGUGCCAAGGCUGAGAUGAUAGGCAGCAAGAUCUUCCAGCACGCGGUGGUGAUCCACUCUGACCAUGCUAUCUCUGUGCAGGCACUAAAUGCCAAGCCCGACACAGCGGAGCUGACACUGCUGCGGCCCAUCCAGGCCCUGGGCACCGAGUACUUUGUGCUCACACCCCCCGGCACCUCAGCCAGGAAUGUCAAGGAGUUUGCCGUGGUGGCCGGUGCCACAGGUGCCUCGGUCAGUGUCACGCUGAAGGGGUCAGUGACAUUCAAUGGCAAGUUCUAUCCAGCUGGCGAUGUCCUAAGUGUGACUCUAGAGCCCUACAAUGUGGCCCAGCUACAGAGCUCACUGGAUCUCUCGGGGUCAAAGGUCACAGCUAGUAGCCCCGUGGCUGUCCUCUCUGGCCACAGCUGUGCCCAGAAACAUACGACCUGUAACCAUGUGGUCGAGCAGCUGCUACCCACAUCUGCCUGGGGCACCCACUAUGUAGUACCCACGCUGGCCUCCCAGUCCCGCUAUGAUUUGGCCUUCGUCGUGGCCAGCCAGACCACAAAGCUGACCUAUAACCAUGGGGGUAUCACUGGCUCCCGUGGGCUCCAGGCAGGUGAUGUGGUAGAGUUUGAGGUUCUGCCAUCCCGGCCACUCUACCUGUCUGCAAAUGUGGGCAUCCAGGUCCUGCUGUUUGGCACAGGUGCCAUAAGGAAUGAAGUGACUUAUGACCCCUACCUGGUCCUGAUCCCAGAUGUGGCGGCCUACUGCCCUGCCUAUGUGGUCAAGAGUGUACCAGGCUCUGAGGGCGUGGCUCUGGUGGUGGCACAGACAAAGGCUAUCAGUGGGCUGACCAUAGAUGGGCAUGCAGUGGGGGCCAAGCUCACCUGGGCGGCUGUGCCAGGCAGUGAGUUCUCGUAUGCUGAAGUGGAGCUCGGCACGGCUGACACGAUCCACACGGCCGAGGCCACCACCAAUUUCGGGCUGCUCACCUUCGGGCUGGCCAAAGCCACAGGCUACGCAACAGCAGCUGAUUGCGGUCGGACUGUGGUGUCCCCAGCGACGCCCUCCUGCGAAGGCGUGCAGUGCGCAGCUGGGCAGCACUGCCAGGUGGCAGGCGGGAAAGCCCAGUGUGUGGCGGAGUCCACCGCUGUCUGUCGCGCCCAGGGCGACCCCCAUUACACCACCUUCGACGGCCAUCGCUACGACAUGAUGGGCACCUGUUCGUACACGAUGGCGGAGCUGUGCGGCGACGACGACACCCUGCCUGCCUUCAGCGUGGAGGCCAAGAACGAGCACCGGGGCAGCCGCCGCGUCUCCUACGUGGGCCUCGUCACUGUGCACGCCUACAGCCACUCCGUGUCGCUGACCCGCGGGGAAGUUGGCUUCGUCCUAGUUGACAAACAGCGCUCGCGCCUGCCAGUCUCCCUGAGCGAGGGCCGCCUGCGUGUGUACCAGAGCGGACCACGGGCCGUGGUGGAGCUGGUCUUUGGGCUGGUGGUCACUUAUGACUGGGACUGCCAGCUGGCACUCAGCCUGCCCGCGCGCUUCCAAGACCAGGUGUGCGGGCUGUGUGGCAAUUAUAAUGGUGACCCAGCAGACGACUUCCUCCUACCUGAGGGGGAUCUGGCUCCUGACGCCGUGGAGUUCGCAAGUAGCUGGAAGCUGGAUGAUGGGGACUACCUGUGUGAGGAUGGCUGCCAGAACAACUGUCCCGCCUGCACCCCAGGCCAGGCCCAACACUAUGAGGGCGACAGACUCUGUGGCAUGCUGACCAAGCUUGAUGGCCCCUUCGCUGUCUGCCAUGGCACCCUGGACCCCAGGUCCUUCCUGGAGCAGUGUGUAUAUGACCUGUGUGUGGUCGGUGGGGAGCGGCUUAGUCUGUGCCGUGGCCUCAGCGCCUAUGCCCAGGCCUGUCUGGAGCUUGGCAUCUCAGUUGGGAACUGGAGACCUCUAGCCAACUGCCGUAAGUGGCCCUCUUGCAUCUCCACCCAGGUGGAUGACGUCCUUCAGUACCUGCCCUUCCAAGCAGCAGAUGGGCAGGUGCAGGUGUUCCGCCAGGGCAGGGACGCCGUCGUGCGCACAGACUUUGGUCUGACUGUCACCUACAACUGGGAUGCACGAGUGACUGCCAAGGUGCCCAGUAGCUAUGCUGAGGCCCUGUGUGGACUCUGUGGGAACUUCAAUGGGGACCCAGCUGAUGACCUGGCUCUGCGGGGUGGGGGUCAAGCUGCCAAUGCACUGGCUUUUGGGAACAGCUGGCAAGAAGAGACGAGGUCUGGCUGUGGAGCAACUGAACCUGGUGAUUGUCCCAAGCUGGACUCCCUGGUGGCCCAGCAGCUGCAGAGCAAGAAUGAGUGUGGAAUCCUUGCAGACCCCCAGGGGCCCUUCCGAGAGUGCCACAGCAAGCUGGACCCUCAGGGUGCCGUGCGUGACUGUGUGUAUGACCGCUGCCUGCUGCCAGGCCAGUCUGGGCCACUAUGUGACGCAUUGGCCACCUAUGCUGCUGCAUGCCAGGCUGCUGGAGCCACAGUGCACCCCUGGAGGAGUGAAAAACUUUGCCCACUGAGCUGUCCACCCCACAGCCACUAUGAGGCGUGUUCCUACGGCUGCCCGCUGUCCUGUGGAGACCUCCCAGUGCGCGGAGGCUGUGGCUCAGAAUGCCAUGAGGGCUGCGUGUGCGAUGAGGGCUUUGCGCUCAGUGGUGAGUCCUGCCUGCCUCUGGCCUCCUGUGGCUGCGUACACCAGGGCACCUACUACCCACCAGGCCAGACCUUCUACCCUGGCCCCGGGUGUGAUUCCCUUUGCCACUGCCAGGAGGGCGGCCUAGUAUCCUGUGAGCCCUCCAGCUGCGGCCCGCACGAGGCCUGCCAGCCAUCCGGUGGCAGCUUGGGCUGUGUGGCCGUGGGCUCUGCCACCUGCCAGGCGUCGGGAGACCCCCACUACACCACCUUCGAUGGCCGCCGCUUCGACUUCAUGGGCACCUGCGUGUAUGUGCUGGCUCAGACCUGCGGCACCCGGCCUGGCCUGCAUCGGUUUGCCGUCCUGCAGGAGAACGUGGCCUGGGGUAAUGGGCGAGUCAGUGUGACCAGGGUGAUCACGGUCCAGGUGGGAAACUUCACCCUGCGGCUGGAUUUAUUUUCUGAAGCGUGGCCUGACUCUCUCGCCUCCCAGGUGAACGGUGUGGACAUGAAGCUGCCCGUGGUGCUGGCCAACGGCCAGAUCCGAGCCUCCCAGCAUGGUUCAGACGUUGUGAUUGAGACCGACUUCGGCCUGCGUGUGGCCUACGACCUUGUGUACUAUGUGCGGGUCACCACCCCCGGAAACUACUACCAGCAGAUGUGUGGCCUGUGUGGGAACUACAACGGUGACCCCAAGGAUGACUUCCAGAAGCCCAACGGCUCACAGGCAGGCAACGCCAAUGACUUCGGCAACUCCUGGGAGGAGGCGGUACCUGGCUCUCCCUGCCUGCCGCCACCCACCUGCCCGCCAGGGAGCGAGGGCUGCGACACCAGCAAGUGUCCUCCCGAGCAGGAGAAGAAGUAUCAGAAGGAGGAGUUCUGUGGGCUCCUCUCCAGCCCCACAGGGCCGCUGGCCUCCUGCCACAAGCUGGUGGAUCCCCAGGGUCCCUUGCAAGAUUGCGUCUUUGAUCUCUGCCUGGGUGGUGGGAACCUGAGCAUUCUCUGCAGCAACAUCCAUGCCUAUGUGAGUGCUUGCCAGGCGGCUGGAGGCCACGUGAAGCCCUGGAGGACGGAAACUUUCUGUCCCAUAAAGUGCCCAGCGAACAGCCACUAUGAGCUCUGCGCGGACACCUGCUCCCUGGGCUGCGCGGCUCUCAGUGCCCCUGUGCAGUGCCCAGAUGGGUGUGCUGAGGGCUGCCAGUGUGACACUGGGGUAGAUGUGGAGGCAGCGGCCAUCCUUUACAAUGGGCAGCCUCUCAAGGUCCUCCCUCUUCUGUCCCCAGACCCGUGUGACGGUGUGACAUGCCGGCCACAGGAGACGUGCAAGGAGCAGGGUGGCCAGGGCGUGUGCGUGCCCAACUAUGAGGCCACGUGCUGGCUGUGGGGCGACCCACACUACCACUCCUUCGACGGCCGGGCGUUUGACUUCCAGGGCACCUGUAACUAUGUGCUGGCAACAACUGGCUGCCCGGGGACUGGGGUAGAUGUGGAGGCAGCGGCCAUCCUUUACAAUGGGCAGCCUCUCAAGGUCCUCCCUCUUCUGUCCCCAGACCCGUGUGACGGUGUGACAUGCCGGCCACAGGAGACGUGCAAGGAGCAGGGUGGCCAGGGCGUGUGCGUGCCCAACUAUGAGGCCACGUGCUGGCUGUGGGGCGACCCACACUACCACUCCUUCGACGGCCGGGCGUUUGACUUCCAGGGCACCUGUAACUAUGUGCUGGCAACAACUGGCUGCCCGGGGGUCAACACCCAGGGCCUGACGCCCUUCACCGUCACCACCAAGAACGAGAACCGGGGCAACCCUGCUGUGUCCUACGUGAGAGUCGUCACUGUGUCUGCCCUGGGCACCAACAUCUCCAUCCACAAGGGCGAGUUCGGCAAAGUCCGGGUGAACGGUGUGCUGACAGCGUUGCCUGUCUCCGAGGCCAACGGGCGGAUUUCAGUGACCCACGGUGCAUCCAAGGCACUGCUGGUGGCUGACUUUGGACUGCAAGUCAGCUAUGACUGGAAUUGGCGGGUAGAUGUGACGCUGCCCAGCAGCUAUCAUGGCGCAGUGUGCGGGCUCUGUGGUAACAUGGACCGCAACCCCAGCAAUGACCAGGCCUUCCCUAAUGGCACCCUGGAAACACCUUGGCUCUCACACCCUGAAAUGCCCCAAGUCAGGGCCUCCCCAGACCCCAACUCAAACACCUACCUGACUCAUGCCCACCUUGUCCCCACAGCCUUCCAGUGCCCUGCCCACAGCCACUACGAGCUCUGCGGUGACUCCUGCCCCGUGAGCUGCCCGAGCCUCUCAGCACCCGAGGGCUGUGAGUCGGCCUGCCGUGAAGGCUGUGUCUGCGAUGCUGGCUUUGUGCUCAGUGGUGACACCUGUGUACCUGUGGGCCAGUGUGGCUGCCUCUAUGAUGGCCGCUACUACCCGCUGGGUGAGGCCUUCUACCCGGGCCCUGAGUGUGAGCGGCGCUGUGAGUGUGGGCCAGGUGGCCAUGUCAGCUGCCAGGAGGGCGCGGCCUGUGGGCCCCAUGAGGAGUGCCGGUUAGAAGAUGGUGUCCGGGCCUGUCAUGCCACAGGCUGUGGCCGCUGCCUGGCCAAUGGGGGCAUCCACUACGUCACCCUUGACGGCCGUGUCUUCGACCUGCAUGGCUCCUGCUCCUAUGUCUUGGCCCAAGUCUGCCAGCCGAAGCCUGGGGAUGAGGACUUCUCCAUCGUGCUUGAAAAGAACGCAGCUGGAGAGCCCCAGCGCCUCCUGGUUACUGUGUCUGGCCAGGUUGUCAGCCUAGCUCAGGGGCAGCAGGUCACCGUGGACGGCGAGGCUGUGGCCCUGCCUGUGGCUGUGGGCCGUGUGCGGGUGACCGCCGAAGGCCGAAACGUGGUUCUGCAGACGACCAAGGGGCUGCGGCUUCUCUUUGAUGGCGAUGCCCAAGUCCUCAUGUCCAUCCCCAGCUCCUUCCGUGGAAGGCUCUGUGGCCUCUGUGGGAACUUCAAUGGCAACUGGAGUGAUGACUUUGUCCUGCCCAAUGGCUUGGCAGUGUCCAGUGUGGAGACCUUCGGGGCUGCAUGGCGGGCGCCCGGCUCCUCCAAGGGCUGUGGCGAGGGCUGCGGGCCCCAAGGCUGCCCCGUGUGCUCGGCAGAGGAGACUGCACCCUAUGAGAGCAACAAGGCCUGCGGGCAGCUCCGGAACCCCCAGGGACCCUUCGCGACCUGCCAGGCUGUGCUGAGUCCCUCUGAGUACUUCCGCCAAUGCGUAUACGACCUGUGCGCGCAAAAGGGCGACACAGCCUUCCUGUGCCGCAGCCUGGCAGCCUAUACGGCGGCCUGUCAGGCAGCCGGCGUGGCCGUGAAGCCCUGGAGGACAGACAGCUUCUGCCCGCUCCGGUGCCCCGCCCACAGCCACUACUCCGUCUGCACACACACCUGCCAGGGCUCCUGUGCGGCUCUCUCUGGCCUCACGGGCUGCACCACCCGCUGUUUUGAGGGCUGCGAGUGUGACGACCGCUUCCUGCUUUCCCAGGGUGUCUGCAUCCCUGUCCAAGAUUGUGGCUGCACCCAUAAUGGCCGAUACUUGCCGGUGAACUCCUCCCUGCUGACCUCAGACUGCAGCAAGCGCUGUUCCUGUUCCUCAAGCUCCGGCCUGACAUGCCAGGCAGCUGGCUGCCCACCAGGCCGCGUAUGCGAGGUCAAGGCUGAAGCCCGGCAGUGCUGGGCCGCCCGUGGUCUCUGUGUCCUGUCUGUGGGUGCCAACCUCACCACCUUUGAUGGGGCCCGUGGCGCCACGACCUCUCCUGGUGUCUAUGAGCUCUCUUCCCGCUGUCCAGGACUACAGAAGACCAUCCCCUGGUACCGUGUGGUUGCUGAAGUCCAGACCUGCCGUGGGAAAACUGAGGCUGUGGGCCAGCUCCACAUCUUCUUCGAGGAUGGGAUGGUGACGGUGACCCCAAACAAGGGUGUGUGGGUGAAUGGUCUCCGAGUGGAUCUUCCAGCUGAGAAGUUAGCAUCUGUGUCCGUGAGUCGUACACCUGAUGGCUCCCUGCUAGUCCGCCAGAAGGCAGGGGUCCAGGUGUGGCUUGGAGCCAAUGGGAAGCUGGCUGUGAUGGUCAGCGAAGACCAUGCUGGGAAACUGUGUGGGGCCUGUGGAAACUUUGACGGAGACCAGACCAAUGAUUGGCGUGACUCCGAGGGGAAGUCAGUGAUGGAGAAAUGGAGAGCACAGGACUUCUCCCCAUGUUAUGACUGAUCAGUUGUCCACCGGGAGUGAAGACUUCCUGAAGAAGACCUGAUCCUCCUGGAGGUUGCAGGGGCUGAAGGAUGCAUCAUGUGCUCCUACCCUGCUCUACCAGUCUUCUGGGUCGCAGAGGCCAAAUGUGAGAGCGUUGAAUAAAUCUCUUAAGCUAAGCUGCA